AAUGACGAAGCAAAGGUAAACGGCAGAAUUCCAUGGAAGCCAAGUGACAAACGAGUUGUUGACAUGAGUGCGAACGGGAGUGAAACGCGCGUGUGCGGUGAACGCGAUUUUUGAAAAUUUCAAAUUGUUCAUGUGUGUAAUGGGUAAAAUGCGUUUACUGAUCGGAUUUAACGAAAACUAACCAAUUCAAUGUAUUUGCUAAAUGUAAAUUCAAAAAAAUACGCGAUUAACUUAAUAGUUUAACAAAAAGUAAAUUAAAUGUGAAUCACAGUACAAACGAAAUAUAUAAAAUGUAAGCGAAAAUUAACCAACGAACGUGUAUGUGAGAUAGUGCAAAAAGAAGAAAGAGAGUAAGCAAUAACUAAGAAUUGAUAAAAAUGCCAUAAGUGCCGACUGCGACAAACAAACGGCGACGAAGGUAAAUGGAAACGUUAAUAAUGCAAAAGCGGUGAAGAAAAAGAGACAAGUGAAGUAAAUAAAGUGUUACAACAUUUUUCUUUGUGAAAUGUUAAAUUUAAAAACUAAUGUGCAGUUUAAAUGUUAAACUCAUAAACGUAAAUGUAGUUAAUUUCACGAAAAGCAAAAUCGCGAGAAGUCUUGUACACCCCAAGGUGUUAAGUGUUUUGUUUAAAUAUAAACAAGUAGAAAAAUUUAUAUAAACGAACGAAAUCGGUCAUUGAAAAACGUGCAACUUUGAAGCAAUGAAGGUCACCGUGUGUUUUGGUGCCAUUCGCAUUGUCGUGCCAUGCGGCAGCGGCGAUUUACUGGUGAAGGAUCUUAUCAACGAGGCAACCAGGCGUUACAAGAAAGCAGCAGGAAAGGUAAGCAAUUUGCAACAUGCUGUUUUAUUUCGCAUUCCAUUCGCUGAGAGGCAGGUGCACUUGGUAACAUUUCCUCUAUAUUCCACAAGCUAUAAAUACAAACAUACACAUAUACACAUACAAAUUUGUAUACCACGCUUACUUUCAACUAAGCCGCUACAACAUUGCACCAUCAAUAAAUGCCAACUGGAGGCACAAAAUGUUGGAUAACAAAAGCAACCCGCAUACGGCACCUAUAGAGGAGUAAGUGCCUGCCUACAUAUCCAAGUAUAUCCAAACACACAUUUUUGUUUGCUAUUUUCUGGUUAGCCUUUGGCUUUGUUUAUAUACAAAAGGAAGUUUGGCACUUGGCGACGUGCCAUCAAUUUUUUAUCUUAUCAGAGGUCAUCUAUUUACCAUAGAAUUUUGUAUAGUGCAACCUACUACUAUAAUAAGUCAUGAAUGUGGGUUCUCAUAUGUGUAAGCAAAUAGUUCCUGCCUAGCGGCGGUCUUUGUUGACUUACUAUGAGGCUACAUGACAGCCCAUUCCACGGUUAUCGUAGCGCUACACAUUUUUUUAUGCCCGAUAUUAUUUGUUCCUUAAAAAAAAAUCUAUUUUUUUAUCGCGCUUUAAACUCAACCCAUGUUU